AUUCCGUCUCGACUUUGCGUUGGUAUCUAGCAUGCCAUCCGCACGAAACCAGUUCUGUUCGAGGCGUCGAAGUGUAAAGGACGUUUUAAUUAUUAUGAUAAUUCGUACGUGAAAUCGUGUGUUGUGCGGUUCGAAUCGGAAUCAUGAUGGAAGACCCGACGCAAGUGUUGUUUACGGAGUUACCAGUGCCCUUGUUAUCUACGGCGGCUUUACUACGCCACCACCAUACAAGGUACCAGCCGUACCACCUUCCGCACAGGUUCCAUAUUCAAGAAUUCGUUCAACAUCGAACUUACGAUGAAGAACAAACGGAACUCGAUUCUGGAAAAACUCAUAUUUCUUGUUUGUACCCGGAGAUUUUGGCGAUUAUUUUUAGUUAUUUGGAUGUGAGGGAUAAAGGGAGGGUGGCGCAAGUUUGUACUACUUGGAGAGAUGCUGCUUAUAAUAAAUCGGUUUGGAGAGGAGUCGAAGCUAAAUUACAUUUACGUAGAGCUAAUCCGUCGUUGUUUGCCUCUUUAGUUAGGCGAGGAAUUAAAAAAGUACAAGUUUUGAGUUUGAGAAGGUCGCUCAGGGAUGUUAUUCAAGGCAUACCAAAUUUGGAAUCUCUGAAUUUGAGCGGUUGUUACAACGUUGCCGACGUCGGUAUCUCCCACGGAUUCGCAUCCGAAUGUCCGUCGCUCACCCAACUAAAUCUCUCGUUGUGCAAACAAGUCACCGACAAUUCCUUGAGCAGGAUAGCUCAAUAUCUGAAGAAUCUCGAAGUGUUGGAAUUGGGCGGGUGUUGCAAUGUUACCAAUACCGGUUUGGUGCUGAUCGCUUGGGGAUUGAAAAAACUCAAGAGGCUGAAUUUGAGAAGCUGCUGGCAUAUCAGCGAUCAAGGUAUUGGACAUUUAGCUUUCGGGAAUCAAUCAUUGGAAUAUUUAGGUCUGCAGGAUUGCCAAAGACUUUCGGACGAAGCUCUGAAGCACGCGACCGGUUUAACAUCGUUAAAAUCGAUCAACCUCAGUUUUUGCAUCAGCAUCACCGACAGCGGCCUAAAACACCUGGCAAAAAUGUCGAAUCUUCGCGAAUUGAAUCUUCGUUCUUGCGACAACAUCUCCGACAUAGGUAUGGCGUAUUUGGCCGAAGGCGGUUCGAGGAUAUCUUCGUUGGACGUGUCGUUUUGCGACAAAAUCGGCGAUCAGGCCUUGGUGCACAUCUCGCAAGGUUUGUUCAAUUUGAAAAGUUUGUCUUUGAGUGCGUGCCAAAUUUCGGACGAAGGUUUGGCCAAAAUAUCGAACACUUUGCACGAUUUGGAAACUUUGAAUAUAGGACAAUGUAGCAGAGUGACGGAUAAAGGUUUAACGAACAUAGCCGAGGCGCUCACCAGGUUAAAGUGUAUAGAUUUGUACGGUUGUACUAAAAUAACUACCGUAGGACUAGAAAAAGUUAUGAAAUUGCCGCAAUUGAGCGUUUUGAAUCUCGGAUUGUGGCACGUUAGGUGAAACGCGUUCCUCUAGAUAUCCUGGAUGAGUUUUACGAAGUUGGUCGAAACGCGCGCUUCUCUCUAUCGACGAUUGUUGUUGUUUGUUAUUUUAUUUUUGUUUUUUUUUUUUUGUCGUUCGAAUGAUGGGCAAAAAAAAUACGGUGAUCCGGUGAUAAUGUACGUGUGGUAUAAUUUUCUCGAAAAAAAAGUGACUUUGAAACAAAUAUGGAACGUUGGCAACGUUGGGAGGAAAUUUUUUUCUUCAUAUAUUGGUUGAAUUACCUUGUAAAUGCGAUUAAUUUCGAAAAACAAAUUAUUUCUUGGGUUCUACGACUAAAUAAGUAAAUGGCAACGAUGUAUUACGUAUAAAUUUGACUGGAUGUUGAUUUUUUUUCAAAAUUCGACAUUUUUCUUUGCAUCUAAUGAAAUAUUACCAAAUCUGACAACGUUGCAAAACAUUUUCUCGAUAUUUCGAUUGAUUCAUCUCAUAUUUUCGAAAAAAAAAUCAAAAUCUGAAUUUUUUCUUGGGUUUUAUGACAAAAUGAUUGAAUGGCAACGGUGUAAAACAUCAAUUUUCCUAAAUAUCAAUUUUUUUGAAAAGUCGACAUUUUUCUUUGCAUCUAGUGAAAUAUUACUAAAUUUGACAACGUUGCAAAACAUUUUCUCGAUAUUUCUAUCGAUUCUUCUCGUAUUUUCGAAAAAAAAAAUCAAAAUCUAAAUUAUUUCUUGAGUUUAGAGAUAAAAUGAUUGAAUGGCAACGAUGUAAAACAUAAAUUCUCCUCAAUAUCAAUUUUUUCAAAAUCCGACAUUUUUCUUUGCAUUUAAUGAAAUAUUAUCAAAUUUCGCAACGUCGCAAAACAUUUUCUCGAUAUUUCGAUCGAUUCUUCUCGUAUUUUCGAAACAAAAAAUCAAAAUCUAAAUUAUUUCUUGAGUUUAGAGAUAAAAUGAUUGAAUGGCAACGAUGUAAAACAUAAAUUUUCCUCAAUAUCAAUUUUUUCAAAAUUCGACAUUUUUCUUUGUAUCUAAUGAAAUAUUACCAUAUUUGACAACGUUGCAAAACAUUUUCUCGAUAUUUCGAUCGAUUCUUCUCGUAUUUUCGAAACAAAAAAUCAAAAUCUAAAUUAUUUCUUGAGUUUAGAGAUAAAAUGAUUGAAUGGCAACGAUGUAAAACAUAAAUUUUCCUCAAUAUCAAUUUUUUGAAAAGUCGACAUUUUUCUUUGCAUCUAGUGAAAUAUUACUAAAUUUGACAACGUUGCAAAACAUUUUCUCGAUAUUUCUAUCGAUUCUUCUCGUAUUUUCGAAAAAAAAAAUCAAAAUCUAAAUUAUUUCUUGAGUUUAGAGAUAAAAUGAUUGAAUGGCAACGAUGUAAAACAUAAAUUCUCCUCAAUAUCAAUUUUUUCAAAAUCCGACAUUUUUCUUUGCAUUUAAUGAAAUAUUAUCAAAUUUCGCAACGUCGCAAAACAUUUUCUCGAUAUUUCGAUCGAUUCUUCUCGUAUUUUCGAAACAAAAAAUCAAAAUCUAAAUUAUUUCUUGAGUUUAGAGAUAAAAUGAUUGAAUGGCAACGAUGUAAAACAUAAAUUUUCCUCAAUAUCAAUUUUUUCAAAAUUCGACAUUUUUCUUUGUAUCUAAUGAAAUAUUACCAUAUUUGACAACGUUGCAAAACAUUUUCUCGAUAUUUCGAUCGAUUCUUCUCGUAUUUUCGAAAAAAAAAAUCAAAAUCUAAAUUAUUUCUUGAGUUUAGAGAUAAAAUGAUUGAAUGGCAACGAUGUAAAACAUAAAUUCUCCUCAAUAUCAAUUUUUUCAAAAUUCGACAUUUUUCUUUGCAUUUAAUGAAAUAUUAUCAAAUUUCGCAACGUUGCAAAACAUUUUCUCGAUAUUUCGAUCGAUUCUUCUCGUAUUUUCGAAACAAAAAAUCAAAAUCUAAAUUAUUUCUUGAGUUUAGAGAUAAAAUGAUUGAAUGGCAACGAUGUAAAACAUAAAUUUUCCUCAAUAUCAAUUUUUUCAAAAUUCGACAUUUUUCUUUGUAUCUAAUGAAAUAUUACCAUAUUUGACAACGUUGCAAAACAUUUUCUCGAUAUUUCGAUCGAUUCUUCUCGUAUUUUCGAAAAAAAAAAUCAAAAUCUAAAUUAUUUCUUGAGUUUAGAGAUAAAAUGAUUGAAUGGCAACGAUGUAAAACAUAAAUUCUCCUCAAUAUCAAUUUUUUCAAAAUUCGACAUUUUUCUUUGCAUUUAAUGAAAUAUUAUCAAAUUUCGCAACGUUGCAAAACAUUUUCUCGAUAUUUCGAUCGAUUCUUCUCGUAUUUUCGAAACAAAAAAUCAAAAUCUAAAUUAUUUCUUGAGUUUAGAGAUAAAAUGAUUGAAUGGCAACGAUGUAAAACAUAAAUUUUCCUCAAUAUCAAUUUUUUCAAAAUUCGACAUUUUUCUUUGUAUCUAAUGAAAUAUUACCAUAUUUGACAACGUUGCAAAACAUUUUCUCGAUAUUUCGAUCGAUUCUUCUCGUAUUUUCGAAAAAAAAAAUCAAAAUCUAAAUUAUUUCUUGAGUUUAGAGAUAAAAUGAUUGAAUGGCAACGAUGUAAAACAUAAAUUCUCCUCAAUAUCAAUUUUUUCAAAAUUCGACAUUUUUCUUUGCAUUUAAUGAAAUAUUAUCAAAUUUCGCAACGUUGCAAAACAUUUUCUCGAUAUUUCGAUCGAUUCUUCUCGUAUUUUCGAAAAAAAAAUCAAAAUCUAAAUUAUUUCUUGAGUUUAGAGAUAAAAUGAUUGAAUGGCAACGAUGUAAAACAUAAAUUUUCCUCAAUAUCAAUUUUUUCAAAAUUCGACAUUUUUCUUUGCAUUUAAUGAAAUAUUACCAAAUUUGGCAACGUUGCAAAACAUUUUCUCGAUAUUUCGAUCGAUUCUUCUCGUAUUUUCGAAAAAAAAAAAUCAAAAUCUAAAUUAUUUCUUGAGUUUAGAUAUAAAAUGAUUGAAUGGCAACGAUGUAAAACAUAAAUUCUCC